GAUAAGUGUAAAUAAAAUAAAAGUAAAUAUUUGAUUGUCUUUAAAAAUGGACUUUCUGCAGUAUAAUAGUAAUAAUAAUAAUGGUAAUGAACAUGGACGAAAUGAGCAAAUAGUUUGUCAGUUUCUGUUGAAAACUUUGCAUAUUGUAUUGGAGUCUAGGGUUCCUUCCAUUGUUAUUCCUAAUAGUCAACUCAAGAAGAAGACCGACAAAUGGUUUAAUCUAGCAUUAGGCUGUGACCGUCCCCCUCCCGCUGCUUUAGAUUCUUUUAACUUUUGGAAUAGGAACUUAAUGGAACCAAUGGUUAUCGACAUUAUGCUAGUACUCCCCCCGCAAUCAUCAUCUGCAUCGCUCGAGACUGUUAUCGAGAGGUGGGUUGUUCAAUAUCAACCUUCCUCCUCCUCCUCCCCCGUCUCUAAUUAUAAGAAAACAUAUAAAAAGUCUAUCAUCCUUUUACGCUCUCUAUAUGCUAUGAUGAGACUCCUUCCAGCUUCCAGGGCUUAUCGAAAGCUGUCCCUAUCCACCAACACUUGUGAUUUUCAUAUCGAUUACAAGCUCUCUUCCUUUUGUGCUCCCUUUACAAGGCUAGAGGAACACCUCAUGAAACAAUAUACUUUCUUUCCCGUUGAAGCCCAACAUGGACGUCUUUCUAUAUCUGUCAAAUAUCGUGAUUCCCUCUCUGAUUUUAACCUACAUACUUCACCAUCAUUUCCACCCGAGAUCAUUACAGAUUAUGUUGGUAGCCCUGCCACUGAUCCUUUUAGGGCCUUCCCCACCAGAACCAAUACGAGGCCUACUGUGUGGCAAUCCCCUACGCCCCCCCACCGCCCUCAUAGCUGGACUAGUGGCCUAACCAAGGGACCUCCGUUCACACAUAACCAAUCCUCUUAUGGAUCCCCACCACCUGCACAUCGCUCUUCCAGUGGCCGUUAUGAUUUUUCUUCUUCCCCUACUGAUGUUUAUGGACAAAGGACUCCUAGUUAUAGACCGCCAACUCACCAUAGACGGACCAGCUUUGAUGAUUAUCACCUGUCACCGCCAUUCUCUCCUUCUCCUUCACCAUCUCCGCCAACAUACCUUUCAGCUGGGAAUUACAUGCAAUCUCGGCUGCGCUCAGAGACUGCCCCCGUCAGUAUUCCUAACCCCCUGAUGACCAGAAGUCCUAGAUACCUUUCUCCUAAUCUGUCUGAUCCAAAUCGACACUCUCUUCCACCUCCAUCACCUAGAAGCACACGCUAUGAACACUCAUCACACGAGUCUCCUUCUGGGAUCAGGUCCCUUAGAAAGUCAGAGAUGUCAAGGGUUGGGGACCUCAGUUCUGGUUCUGGCUCUGGAUCAGCAAAUCAGUAUUCUAGCCACAAGGUAUCAAGGGAUAAUAAAGAUGAUUCAGGGAGGUUUUCUGGUUUGCUCUCCUCUAGUGGUUCUCCUCGUAUUGGAUUCUCUAGAAGCUCCAGUAGAUUGUCUCUCCAGGAUGAGUUGGAUGAUAUCGACUUCUCAUGCCCAUUUAUCGUUGAUGAUGUUGAUUCGUGUGAUUCCCCUAUCAGUCAAGGAUUUGAGUUGUCAUCGCAUGCUAAAAAAUCACAAGAUGCUGCAGUAGGUGCCCUUGUACGUAUGUUGAGAACAGCACCACCCCUUAGACAGGAUUGUAGUUGUUAUUCUUUGAGUGAUGGUGUUGAGCCGGAAUUAAGCGCUGGUUCUGGUUCUAGGUUGUUUAUGCCUCGAAAGACGUCAGAUGCUUUGGAGGAGCUAAAGGGUUAUAGAGACAUAAAGCACCUCAUUCUGUCUAAAAGUGGACCCCCUUUGCGAGACGUGUAACAGUUUUAUGUUGGCUUGGACGUUGUAAAUGAAAUAAAUACAGUAGCUGAUUGUAAUUGUAACCUUGUAUUUGUACACUAUAGUUGGACCA